UUGGAAAAAAAAUUCAUAUAUAUAUAAUGUCUUUUUGCUCUUCACAUAAACGCUGAACGGCCUAACCCUAACCCACUGAGACGAAGCUAGCUGGCGGCGAGAGUUUCUGAGGAGGACGAGAAGGAAGAAGCUUAAAAAUGGCAAGAGGGUUGAAGAAACACUUGAAGAGGCUUAAUGCCCCGAAACAUUGGAUGCUUGACAAACUUGGUGGUGCAUUUGCGCCCAAACCAUCAUCUGGACCUCAUAAGUCCAGGGAGUGCUUGCCUUUGAUCCUUAUUCUGCGCAACAGGCUGAAGUAUGCUCUCACAUAUCGUGAAGUCAUCGCUAUUCUGAUGCAACGACAUGUUCUUGUUGAUGGGAAGGUUAGGACGGAUAAAACAUACCCUGCUGGUUUCAUGGAUGUUGUGUCGAUUCCGAAGACAAAUGAGAACUUCCGUCUCCUGUAUGACACUAAAGGCCGCUUCCGUCUCCACUCCAUUAGAGAUGAUGAGGCAAAGUUUAAGCUUUGCAAGGUCCGAUCUGUUCAAUUUGGCCAAAAGGGCAUCCCUUACUUGAACACCUAUGAUGGCCGCACUAUUCGCUACCCAGAUCCUCUAAUCAAGGCUAAUGACACCAUCAAGCUAGACCUUGAGAGCAACAAAAUAACUGACUUCAUCAAGUUUGAUGUUGGAAACGUUGUCAUGGUCACUGGAGGUAGGAAUAGGGGGCGAGUUGGAGUCAUUAAAAAUAGGGAGAAGCAUAAGGGGAGUUUCGAGACUAUUCAUAUCCAAGAUGCAACUGGCCAUGAGUUUGCCACCCGGUUGGGCAAUGUGUUCACCAUCGGAAAGGGGACCAAACCAUGGGUUUCUCUUCCCAAAGGCAAGGGUAUCAAGCUCUCGAUCAUCGAGGAGGCAAGAAAGAGGCUCGCAACUGCUCAGACUGUUGCAUGAUAGUGUUUUGAAAUGUUUAUCGGAGUAAUUUUGGUAGCAUUUUUAAACUUUUAUUCGAGCGUUUUAUGCUAGAGCUUAUUAUUGACCUUGACUGCAAUAUUGCUUCACAUUUUAAGCUUAAGGUUUUUGAAGGGAUUGAUUAAAAUAUAAGAAAUUAAGACCGUUUCUUUUUUCAUGGUCA